GGCGUGGCUUGUGUGCAGUUGACCAUAGCUUUGUGUGUGUUUGUGUGACUGACGUGGAGAGUGAAGUGCUUUAUUUUUUUAUUCAGCGGGUUGUGAUAAAGUAAUAAAUAAAGCCAGAAAAACAUGAGAAUGUGUGAAAACGGGGCGGUUACGGAAAAGAGCGGGCGGGGUUAGGAGUGGAAAGGGGCGUGGUUAAUACGCGCGAGGUUACACAAAGACGCGGCUGUGGCGCGAAAGUAGCGCGCGUGGGUGCGGUGUGUAGCGUCUCGUGCUGCUCGUGUGUAACAGACGGAAAUACACGCUUUUUUUUAUAAAGCAAAAAAAAACACCGCGUUUUUGUUCGCUCUCGUUUAUCUACCCGAGUUCGGAUUAAUACGGCACGUGCACCGGCGCGCGGUGUUUGUUCCUGUCGCCGUUUGGUGCUCCUUUGUUCCGGAAGUUCGUUUGUUGUGUUUCUUUGUCCUGCAGCUGCGGCUCCUGCUUCAUGUUCUUCUUCUUCUGCUCUUUAAUCCGGACGGGCACCAAUGACACGGUUGUGACUCCAGCUCUGUGUGUGGAUUAAAUAUGGAGUGCGAUCACCACCAGCAUUACUUCUACGACGAGAUGGACGGCAGGGUCGAAGACUUCUUUACGUCUACGGCGCCCAGUGAGGACAUCUGGAAGAAGUUCGAGCUGCUUCCCACUCCACCCGUGUCCCCCUCUAGGACCUUCCCGGCGGGACGCUCGUCGUUCCCGCUGACGGCGUCCGAGCGGAGCAUGUGGGCGCCGGACGAUUACGGCAUCCUUCCUCUGAAGAAGCUGGACCCGCUGGACGUGUUCGGGAACCUGAGCUCGGUGGUGAUUAAAGACUGCAUGUGGAGCAGUGGCUUUAACGCCACCAGAGUGACCCCUCGUUCAGAAACGCAUCAGAACGAACUCGUGCAGGUGAACGCACCACGCAUCCAGAGCACGGCCAGGCAGACGGACGUACAGGUGACGAGGUGUGUGAACCCCGCAGCCGUCCUCAACCUGCCGGUUUCUCAGUCCAAAAAAACGCCGGCCUCCUCGGGAUCCGAGUCACGCUCGGACUCGUCCGAUGAUGACGACGAGGAUGAGAUCGACGUGGUGACCGUGGAGAACCGAUUGAAGAAGCGCACACGCACGCCCAUCACCAUCGCCGUGAGCGCCGACCCGCACGGCCCACGCAAGAAGCACUUCCACAUCUCUCUGCACCGACAGCAGCACAACUACGCCGCUCCGUCUCCGGAAUCCGACGACGAACGCCGUCUGCACCUCGGCGACGAUGACUACGACGAAGAGCCGCUCGAUAAGCGAACCCGGAUCGAGCCGGUCAUUUUGUCUGCUCCGUCGUCUUCCUCGUCCUCUCCGGCCAGCUCGGACUCUGAAGACUCUACGGAGCAGCGCAGGAACUUCCUGGAGAGGAAGAGGAGGGACGACCUGCGAUCUCGCUUCCAGAUGCUCCGGAACGAGAUUCCGGGCCUGUCCGAGUCUGCCAAAUCUUCCAAGGUGGCCAUCCUGACCCACGCCACGGAGUACCUGCUGCAGCUGCAGGUGCGAGAGAGACGUCAGGCACAGGAGAGGAAGAAACUCCGAGCCAGACGACAGCUCCUGCUGCGCAAACUGGGUGCCCUCAAAAAGCCGUGAACUUCAUCGCACCGUUAAUCUGGGUGUAAAGACCUCAAAUGUGGUGUUUAGUGUAAGGUGCUGAAGCUAAGUAACACUAUGCAAACAAGUCAAGUCAAAUUCAGAGCUGACACAAAAACACCCAUCUGGAUAAUAGCCAAGAUCGACGCUUGCGCACACACACACACACACACACACACCCACGUGCACGCGCACACACAUACAUGAUUGUUAAUGAUCCAGAAACUCCUGCAGUACACAAUCUGACUAAGUAAGAAAUUCUUUUAACUCCAGAACCAACAACUGUCUGUUUUUAACUGGGUCAAACUGGAGACUUAAUCAGACUGAAGUUCCUGAAAUCUCACACUGCUUUCUGUUGCUGAGCCGAGUGUGUCGUGCUGUGAUCUGAUGGUGAGGGUCGGUGUAUGAUCUGUGUUUACUCAGGACUGAUAACACUGUGGGACUGGGCAUGUGCAGGUGUCUGAUCGCUCAGUUCCUCAGAGCUGCUGGUCUGUGUGGAGGUUUCACACCUGAAGAGUGACCUGAAGGAAUCGAGACUGCUUACAUUUCAGCAACGUGUGUGUGUGUGUGUGUGGUUAAACUGGACAGGAAAUCAGGUGGUUGUGUCUUUACACCAGGUGAACUUUGCACAUUAGAAGCAGGAAGUAUUUGUGUUUUUGUUCUUCAUAAGAAUGAGAUGAUCCACUAUAUCCUGUGUGUGUGCUGAGAGUUGGUGAUAAAAUACACAAUCUCUGGUGA